AGGGACCCUCGCAUGAGCCAGGAGUGUUAGGCGGCGUGGAGUGUCACCAUGUCUGCUCAAAAGGAAGGAAGCCGGAAUCCCCCCAAGACGAAGGGCAAGCUCAGCAGCUUCUUCGGGUCCCUGCCUGGCUUCAGUUCUGCACGGAACCUAGUGGCCAAUGCCUACAACUCGGCGAAAGAGGCCCAGCCAGUGCCCGCCCCUGAGGCCGCCCAGCCCCGGGCUCAGGUAGCCAGCGGCUGGGAGCAGACAGCCAGCGAGUCGGAGAAGCCGCCGCCUUCCGACAAGAUGGCUUCGGGGACGAAGGACCUGCUGUGCCCCACGGCGACCACAACCGGGAACAGCUUCUCCUUUGGGGUGGCCAAUGUGAUGGACGCAGCUAAAGGCAUGGUUCAAGGUGGGCUGGGCGUGACCCAGUCAGUGCUGGCCGGCACCAAGGAGAUGGUGACCAGCGGGGUCACGGGUGCAGUGGGCGUGGCCACAGGAGCUGUUCAGACCAGUAUGGACACCACCAGGAAUGUCCUGGCUGGCACCAAGGACUCCGUGUGCAGUGGGGUGACCGGCGCCGUGAACGUGGCCAAAGGGGCCGUCCAGGGGGGCCUGGACACCACCAAGACUGUGGUCACGGGCACCAAGGACACGGUGUGCAGUGGGGUGACCGGUGCCNUGAACGUGGCCAAAGGGGCCGUCCAGGGGGGCCUGGACACCUCAAAGGCUGUUGUUAUAGGCACUAAAGAUGUUGUGUCCACUGGGCUCACUGGGGCAAUGAACAUGGCCAAGGGCAGUGUCCAGGCUGGCAUGGACACCACCAAGACCAUCCUGACCAACACCAAAGGCACAGUGUCCACUGGGCUCUCCAGUGCUGUGGGCAUGGCCAAAGGCGCCAUGCAGACAGGACUGGACACCACCCAGGAGAUUGCGACAGGCACCAAGGACACUGUCUGCAGUGGGCUGACGAGCACCGUGAAUGCGGCCAAGGGGGCCGUGGAGGGCGCCCUGGACACCACCAAGACUGUCCUGACAGGCACCAAAGAUGCUAUGGCCACAGGGUUCCCCGGGGCAGGGAACAUGGCCGAAAGGGCUGCCCAAACUGGCCUGGAUACCACCCAGAAUUGGCUGCCAACCUCCCAGGACUCGGUGCCGGGUGCCCAUGCCAGUUACAGGGCCCCAGUGGGGGGAGGGCAUCAGACCCAGCUGCUCCCUUGCAGUGCCCCUUCCUCUGGGGUCUCUGAUCCCUCAGACAUACCAUGCGCAGGCCUGGACCCUGCUGGGGAAGCAAUGGAGGGCGGUAAGGGCCUGGCCCCUCCUGUGGGGGCAUCCCCGCAAGGAGCCUUGCUGGGCAGAGACGAGGUGGGGCAUAUGGCCACCACUGGCGGCCACGCGGGAGCCGUGAGCUCUGCUACCCUCCGGGGUGAGUUGGAAGAAGUGGGGGAAAUCUUCCACCCCAUGACGGUCCAGGAGCAAGCCCGGCUGGCGGCCUCCGAGCCUGGACCCAGGGUGUUCUCAGCCGACCAGGGCAGCUACUUCGUGCGACUGGGUGACCUGGCGCCCAGCUUCCGUCAGCGGGCUUUUGAGCACGCCCUGAGUCACCUGCAGCACGGACAGUUCCAGGCCAGGGCCACGCUAGCCCAGCUUGAAGACUCCUUCCAGCAGAUUGAAAAGGCCAAGCAGGCCCCAGAGGCGCAGAGGUGGUCAGACCAGGGCUCCGGCCGCCGAGUGGAGGAAGCUGGUCCCCGAGAGGUGCCAGGCGCCGGGGCGCUGUCCAGGGCCUGCAGCCUCAUCCAGCAGCUCCACGUGGCCUACAGCACGCUGGCCUGCGGCCUCCAGGGCCUCCCGGCAGAGCUCCAGCAGCAGGUGGGGCAGGCCCGGCGCAGCCUCUGCGAGCUCUACGGCGUCGUGUCCUCCGCCGGCUCUGCCACCGAGCUGCCGGCGGAGCGCCUGGCCCAGAGCCGCAGGAGCAUGGGCCAGGCGUGGCAGGGGCUGGAGGAGGCGCUGGGCAGGCUGCAGCACGGCCCGCCGCUCAGCUGGCUGGUGGGGCCCUUCACGCCGCACCCUGGGGAGCAGCAGCUGUAGGGCUGCCCCCCAGGAAACGUCUCCCCGGCCAGCCCCGACGCCGCUGAGUCCCCAAAGCUCGGACCUCCAGGCGGGGCAUGGAGAACUCCGAGGGAAGUCACGCCACGCACAACCGCACUCAGGCACCGGCGCCUCCUUCUGAGCCUCGGCCAACAGCCGGCCAGAGAAGCAGUCAGGGAAGGUGGAAGGUGGAGCCCUUUCAUCUUUCGGGGGCUGUUCCGGCCCGCGUCUGCUAGCAGAACGAGCGGGCCUACCCCCACCCUGGCCCCGACCGCGCACGGCCGGCCCCCAGCAGCCGCGGAGUCCGAGUGCCGCGGCCUGGAGCACCAGAGGCCCAAGGCACACCUGGCUUCACCGCGCUCUGCGGACACUGCCAUCACGAGCCGGGUUUGUGUCAGCUGCAGCUAACAACUGACCAGUGCGAAACAUUUCUCUCAGCGUGCUCAUUCCUACGUGUAAUUAAGGUGUGUGCACUGUUAUUUUUAGAAAAAUGCUAUUACACGCUUACCAGACCAGUCUAGUGUCACUCAUUCGCACAUCCUGGGAAACCCAAGUAUUCGUGUCACGUACCUACGGCAACAGUCGCUACCUGUGGCGGUCAGCGCCCACGCUCUCGGGGCGAGCCUGUGGGGUGCCAAGGUUUCUGAGGUAAAGUCACCAGCAGCUGCAGCACCGCUGACAGCCUGGGCUCUGGCUGGCCUGGCUUGAGGACUGAAGAUGGGCCGGCGGCAGGUCUACCCACACGCCCCUCCUGGCCCUGUCCACUGCACCCUGGCCUUCACCUGGCACGGUCGGUUCAAAGGCUUCCAGACUUGACGUCCUAAAAGCGCUGGAGCCCCCGGGCUGCCCAUGAAAGCAAGAAAGGGCCUGACCACAGGCCAUAGCUAGAUGUGAGCCC